UGGGCACAGGCAACCUCAUUCGCAGCACUGAUCCAAUCGGGAAUCCUCCUCUCUCCUGCCACAUCGCCCGUACACGCACCCCACCUCUCUCUCUCUCUGUGCCGGGCUCCGGCGCCAGCGUUGUGCGCUCCCACUUAACAUCCGCCUCCAGGUGAUCGUCCAUGGGGUCUCUCACGGCGGCGGCGGAGGAGGGGACGGCAGCUACCGCCAUCGCGGCGGAGGACUGGUCCGCCGAGGCGGUCAUCUACGUCAACGGCGUCCGCCGUGUGCUCCCCGACGGCCUCGCCCACCUCACCCUCCUCCAAUACCUCCGAGAUAUUGGCCUUCGAGGAACAAAGCUUGGAUGUGGUGAAGGUGGUUGUGGAGCCUGCACUGUCAUGGUUUCAUGCUAUGAUCAAAUUACAAAGAAAUCAGAGCAUUUUGCAAUAAACGCAUGCUUGGCUCCACUUUAUUCUUUGGAAGGAAUGCACAUAAUCACAGUUGAGGGAAUUGGAGAUCGCCAGCGAGGUUUGCACCCAGUCCAGGAAUGUUUAGCUAAGGCACAUGGUUCACAAUGUGGAUUUUGCACCCCUGGUUUUGUGAUGUCAAUGUACGCUCUGCUGAGAUCAAGCAAAGAUCCUCCUACUGAAGAACAGAUUGAAGACAGUCUUGCAGGAAAUUUGUGUCGAUGUACUGGUUACAGACCAAUCAUAGACGCCUUUCGUGUUUUUGCAAAAACAGAUGAUUCCUUGUAUACUGAUUCACCUUCAGAAAAUGCUAAUGGCCAAGCUAUCUGCCCUUCAACUGGGAAGCCAUGUUCGUGUAGAAACGAGACAGAUGUCAGUACUAAUGAAUCGCUGUUAUUGUCAUCUGCAAAAAUCUACUUACCGUGUUCAUAUAAUGAAAUUGAUGGAAAUGCAUACAAUGAGAAAGAGCUCAUUUUCCCCCCAGAACUUCAGUUGAGAAAGUUUAUGCCACUUAAAUUGAAUGGAUUUAAUGGGAUCAGGUGGUAUAGACCUCUUAAACUACAGCAACUACUGCAUUUGAAAUCUUGCUACCCAGAUGCAAAACUUAUCAUUGGUAACUCUGAAGUGGGAGUUGAAACUAAGUUCAAGAAUGCGCAGUAUAAGGUCAUGGUCUCAGUCAGUCAUGUUCCAGAGCUUCAUACCCUCAAAGUGGAAGAAGAUGGCUUACGAAUAGGUUCUGCAGUUAGACUUGCACGUCUCCAAAAUUUCCUCAAAAAGGUUAUUAUAGAGCGUGGUUCUGAUGAAACUUCAUCUUGUCAAGCAAUAUUGCGGCAGUUAAAAUGGUUUGCGGGGACACAAAUCAGGAAUGUUGCUUCUGUUGGUGGUAACAUUUGUACUGCUAGUCCAAUAUCAGACCUAAAUCCACUUUGGAUGGCUACAGGUGCAAAAUUUCAGAUAAUAGAUGUUAACAAUAAUGUUAGAAUCACCGCUGCAAAAGAUUUCUUCCUUGGUUACCGUAAAAUUGAUUUAAAACCUGAUGAACUGUUGCUCUCUGUUAUGCUACCUUGGACAAGACAAUUUGAAUAUGUCAAAGAAUUUAAGCAGGCACAUAGAAGAGAGGAUGACAUUGCUUUGGUGAAUGCUGGAAUGCGUGUGCAUAUUAGAGAAGCGGAAGGAAAAUGGAUAGUGUCUGAUGUCUCUAUUGUCUAUGGAGGGGUAGCUGCUGUUCCGCUUACUGCUACAAAAACUGAAAAUUUCCUUACUGGAAAGAAAUUGGACUCCGGAUUGUUGGAUGAGACCUUCGGUUUAUUGAAAGAGGACAUCCCACUGGCAGAGAAUGCACCUGGUGGAAUGGUUGAAUUUCGCAGUUCACUUACUUUGAGUUUCUUUUUCAAAUUUUUCCUUUAUGUUACUCACGAGAUGAACAUAAAAGGAUUGCUGAAAGACGAGAUGCAUGCAGCUAACCUGUCAGCUAUACAGUCUUACACUAGGCCUGUCACUGUUGGAACUCAGGAUUAUGAAUCGGUGAGGCAAGGAACUGCCGUGGGCCAACCAAUGAUUCAUAUGUCAGCUAUGCUUCAGGUCACUGGUGAGGCAGAAUAUACUGAUGACACACCGACGCCCCCGAAUACCUUGCAUGCUGCUCUCGUGCUGAGUAAGAAGCCUCAUGCUCGCAUAUUAUCUAUUGAUGAUUCACUUGCCAAAUCUUCCCCUGGGUUUGCUGGUCUCUUCCUUUCAAAAGAUGUACCUGGUGCUAACCAUACUGGGCCAAUUAUACAUGAUGAGGAGAUUUUUGCAUCUGAUAUUGUUACUUGUGUUGGCCAGAUCAUUGGAAUUGUUGUGGCGGAUACCCAUGAUAAUGCUAAAGCUGCCGCAAACAAAGUAAAUAUUGAGUAUUCUGAGCUGCCUGCAAUUUUAUCAAUAGAGGAAGCUAUCAAAGCUGGCAGCUUUCACCCAAAUACCAAUAGAUGCCUUGAAAAAGGAGAUGUUGGAGAAUGUUUUCUGUCCAAUACAUGUGACAAAAUUAUCGAAGGAGAAGUUCAAGUUGGAGGUCAAGAGCACUUCUAUAUGGAACCUCAAUGCACUCUUGUCUGGCCAGUUGACUCUGGAAAUGAAAUUCAUAUGAUUUCAUCUACUCAAGCUCCCCAAAAGCACCAGAAGUAUGUCGCUUAUGCUCUUGGUCUUCCACUAUCAAAAGUUGUUUGCAAGACUAAGCGUAUUGGUGGUGGAUUUGGUGGAAAAGAAACCAGAUCAGCAAUAUUUGCUGCCGCGGCAUCUGUAGCUUCGUAUUGUCUAAGAAGGCCAGUGAAGAUUGUUUUGGACAGGGACAUCGACAUGAUGACAACUGGACAGAGGCACAGUUUUCUAGCAAAAUACAAGGUGGGAUUUACCAAUGGCGGGAAGAUAGUAGCCUUAGACCUCGAAAUUUAUAACAAUGGUGGUAAUUCACUAGAUCUGUCCCUCUCAGUCCUGGAGCGUGCUAUGUUUAGUUCAGAUAAUGUCUAUGAUAUAUCAAAUAUCAGAGUCAGUGGGCAAGUAUGCUUUACAAAUUUUCCCAGCAAUACUGCUUUUAGAGGUUUUGGUGGUCCACAAGGCAUGUUGAUUGCAGAGAAUUGGAUUCAGCACAUGGCUACAGAACUAAAGAGAAGUCCCGAGGAGAUAAAAGAACUUAAUUUCCAAAGUGAGGGCAUUGUUCUUCAUUAUGGCCAGUUGCUCCAGAAUUGUACAAUACAUUCAGUGUGGGAUGAACUAAAGGCAUCUUGCAAUUUUGUGGAAGCUCGCAAAGAUGUAAAUAGUUUUAAUGGUAAUAAUCGUUGGAGGAAGCGAGGAAUUGCUAUGGUUCCCACAAAAUUUGGCAUAUCCUUCACUGCAAAAUUCAUGAAUCAGGCUGGUGCUCUUGUUCAAGUUUAUACUGAUGGCACUGUCCUGGUAACACAUGGUGGGGUUGAGAUGGGACAGGGGUUACACACAAAGGUAGCACAAGUUGCUGCUUCGUCAUUCAGUAUCCCUCUAAGCUCUGUAUUUAUCUCAGAGACAAGUACUGAUAAGGUUCCAAAUGCUUCACCAACAGCAGCCUCUGCUAGUUCAGAUUUGUAUGGUGCUGCAGUUUUGGAUGCUUGUCAACAAAUAAAGGCUCGGAUGGAACCCAUCGCUAGUAGGGGGAACCACAAGUCCUUUGCUGAGUUGGCCCAAGCAUGCUACAUGGAACGGGUAGAUCUCUCUGCCCAUGGGUUUUAUAUCACCCCUGAUAUUGGGUUUGACUGGAUGGUGGGCAAGGGGACUCCAUUUAAUUAUUUCACCUAUGGAUCCGCAUUUGCUGAAGUUGAAAUUGACACCCUAACUGGGGAUUUCCAUACAAGGACAGCUGACAUUGUCAUGGAUCUCGGCUAUUCAAUUAAUCCAGCAAUUGAUAUUGGUCAGAUUGAAGGUGCUUUCAUUCAAGGUUUGGGUUGGGCAGCCAUGGAAGAGCUAAAAUGGGGGGAUGACAACCACAAGUGGAUCCGACCUGGACACCUAUUCACCUGUGGUCCGGGUUCCUACAAAAUACCCUCUGUAAAUGAUAUACCUCUAAAGUUCAAGGUUUCACUGUUGAAGGGCGUUCCAAAUCCAAAGGCCAUCCACUCAUCCAAGGCUGUAGGAGAGCCACCGUUCUUCCUCGCCUCCGCUGUUUUGUUUGCUAUAAAAGACGCCAUCGCCGCCGCCAGGGCUGAGGAGGGUCAUGUCGACUGGUUCCCCCUCGAUAACCCGGCAACACCUGAAAGAAUAAGAAUGGCGUGUGUUGAUUCCAUAACAAAGAAAUUUGCGAGUGUAUACUACCGUCCGAAGCUCAGUAUAUAGCGGUGACUGCCAGACAUGCGACACAUGACAGAUGUGAGAAAACUACGAUAGUGGUUACUGCCAGACAUACGACACAUGACAAAGAUGUGUGAAGACUACGAUAGUGGUUACUGCCAGACAUACGACACAUGACACAAAUGUGAGAAAAGUACGAUACAGUGUAACCUUCAUACUACGUAUUUAUCUGGAGCGAGUAUGCUGCAUUUCACUUUCUACCAUCUACAUGGUCAUGUCAUGCGUCGCUAUGGAAGUUUUUUUUA